AUGAGCUCAACACUCAAAAGUGUUGUGAUUGAAGCGAAUUGGCCAACCAGAAGAUCAGAUCGUCGAGGCCAAACGGCAACAACGUCGACACGAUUUAAGAAUGACUUAUACGAAGGCUCGGCUCGCAAGAGCCUAUGUGCUAGAGUGAAUAUGUUUUCAUUAAGAUUGUCUAACAUUCAAUUGGAUACAUUAGAACCGUUUCACCAGAAUUUUUCCUUGGACGAUAAGACUAUACAAUAUCCAUUCGCUGAGCAUGAAAGAGUGCCAAUGUGGCUUGCUGCUAUAAUCGAUAUUGUUAUUCCAUAUAUCAUAAUAGCAGUUUGCUCUUUGAUGCAAAAGAAUUUACAUGACUGGCAUCAUGCUUCGUUAGGUUUAAUUUUAUGUCUCACGCUAACACUGGCAGUGACCGAUUUCUUUAAGACUUUCGUCGGACGUCCUCGACCAGAUUUCAUUAACAGGUGUGAUCCAUUACCUGGGUCUGUCGAUGCCAAGCCAUUCGGACUUAGCAAUUCGAGUAUUUGUCAACAACCUGAUCAAGGUAUUAUGAAAGAUGGUUUCAAAAGCUUUAUAUCUGGUCAUUCUUCAAUUUCAUUUGCUGGAUUGGGAUUUUUAACAUUUUAUUUGGCUGGCAAAUUGCAUGUAUUCGAUAGAAAAGGACAUGCAUAUAAAAGUUUUGCCGUAUUUAUUCCAUUAGGUGUUGCAGCAUACAUCGCAGUAACACGAAUUGAAGAUUGCCGUCAUCACUGGCAAGACGUUGUAACCGGUGGAUUGAUUGGUUUUUUUUUGGCGCUCUUUGCAUAUCAUCAGUAUUAUCCUCCUUUAUAUUCGUACAAUGCCGGUGCACCUUUGCCAGUUCGAUUAAGGUCCUAUGCUCCAGAACACAGAGCAGAGUUCACUUUUAAUGAUGGAGCAACUUUCGAAGUCCAUGUUGUUCGAAAUGAUGGUUCUUCUGUUUUACAAGACAUAAAGACAUUGCAAAGUGCCAUCAACAAUGAUGAUAAUGAA